AUGGCAGAUCUCAAUUCAUUCUAUGCGCUAUUAUAUAUAACGGUGGAACCACAAAUUCGUAAGCAUCCCGAGAAGACAAAGAAAGCAAACCAAAAUCCGAUCAACUUUUUGACGGAUGAUCAAGUUGAUGGAAAAGAGCUGACUCUCGAUCAAAGCUUCAGAUCUCCGAAGAUCAUAAAUGCCAAUUCAAACCCUCGCAGUGAGGUACAAGGAGCUGAUUGCUCUUCCACUUACGUGGAUUGUUCGAUCUCAUCUUACUCUGAACCGAAGCCGAAGGUUCUGAUCAAGAUCGAAUUCGAUCCUGAUUACGUGCUAUUCAGAACAAAAGUUCUUCUGAUUCGCCCACCCACCAACUCUGGUUGCUGUUGGACAAGCGGCGCCAUGUCUGACAGCGGUCCUGUCACACCAGCGGCUGGAAAGCGCAUUCAUUCACCUGAAGGAGAAUCUUCAAACAAACGUCUGAGGUCUGCUGAUGCAUCAGCCAAGGCACCAAACCCAGCGUCUGCACCAGUGGAGACCAACCCUGAAGCUAGAGAUUGGAUUCCCGCUGAUGGAGAUGGAGUCGAGUCAAAAUGGGCUCAAGAUCAUAUCAUCUUCAAUCCCAAAUCCGAACCAGACGAUGCUUCGUCGUUUCCCCGAUUCAGGUACUAUUUUGAUGCGGCAGUUUACGCUCCCAUGAGAGUUGUCGGUCCCAGUGAGAGGUGGAAGUAUGCACCUGCUGAUUUCAACUCACAUGGUGAGAUUCUAAGCAAGAGAGUGUCCGUUGGUUUGCCAGCGGUUUCUGAUAAUCGUCAGAUUGUCAGAUACGACAAGAAGCCUCUCCGUGGGAGUGUACCUUUGGUACUUCCUGAUCACCACCUACCCGACUACGUCGAUUUCGACAAGACAAACAAACCUGACUGGCCAGCACAAAAGUUCGGCGAUCUCGAAGUCAGACCAGUCCCGGAAACAAGAGAGAAGCUGACAAACGAGGCGGUUUUUCGGAGAAAUCAACAGAGGUAUAAAGAAUCUGGAUUGAAAGCACUAUCUGGAGUGCCUGACCACGAUGACGAGCCAGCAUCUGACGAAGCCAACGUUCAGACUUCAACCAAAGCAAUUGCGAGAACUGGUCCAAACCCUUCCAGACCAGGUCAUAGCCGGAAGGCCAGCCAACCUUAA